CAACGGUCCCCGUGUCGCCUGUUGUUCCUCUUCUUUUCUACCUUCCUUUCCUCCUUUGUUUCCCUUCCCUUCCCCUUCCUCUACAGCCUCAGGAAUAUUUCUCUCUUCGUAUUCUUUGGUGCCUACUAUUCCAGAUUUCAAAAUGCUAUGUAUCUGAUUCUGACCUCCCUUUCACCCGCCGCUGCUGAUGUUGACUUGUCUCCGUAAAUACUACCACCUGGUUUGAUCCAAAUCUUCUGGCGUGACUAGUUACCACAACCCGCCAGCCAAAAUCCCCUCCUCCGUUCGUCAAGCUGGCGUAUCUGCUUCAGUCACUUUUCUCUUUCCUUUCGUCUUUCUUUGAGCGUUUUCGUCUUUCCCAUGACGACCAAUCUGAUAAAGACGCUCAAGCGGCCCGUGAACCGCUGACAGAAUCUAGGGGCACGCAGAUGAACGACGAACCACGUGGCAUUCUGAGACUCUCCAACGAGCUUCUCAAGGAGAUUCUCGACCACCUUUCUCGGGAUCCUGACAGGUGUAUCAGCGUGGACCAUCGCGCAUCUCUGUCCAUUGAGAGUUUCAAGAAGCCAGGCCCGCCAGAACCCCCGUCCCUUGAUGUUCGCAGUGACAUCGACCGGUUUAGGGAGGUAUGCAGGAGGUUUGCAGACGUUGGAGCCGCCCAUAAGUUCAAUCGCGUAGUGGUACGAUUCUCUACGUCUGCAUUUCAAAGGCUAGACAAGCUUUCUAGCGCUCCCCAUCUGGCUCGGCAUGCGAAGAGCUUUACAUACAUCAUUCGGUCCUUUUACGUGGAAGGACGCGACAAUAUACCCCAACUGCUGCUAACCGCCAAUUCCAGCAAGAUCAGAAUUGAUGAUCAUCUUCGUAGGAUAGAAGAGCAGAGGAAGCUGGUUAGAUCGGGCGAAGAUCUCGCUUCGUUAAAACGUGCCAUGAAGGUAUUCACGACGCUUCAACAUGUCAAGAUCCUGAGAGUGCAAGAUGAAGUGGAGCGUGAUUUGCGGCAGUUUAUUGAAAGGCAUGAUAAUCCCCUGGACCCUUUGGUUGUGCUGGAUUGGAACCCGGCUUGCAUUCGCGCAGUCCAGACGAUCGGUACCGCUAUUUUAGAAUCCGGGUCCCCCAUCAACCGUUUCUCCGGUCCACAGAUAAGCCCGCAAGCCGCCCUUUAUUUAAGGUUUGCUCCUGCUGAGCAGAUGUCGAUUCUCGCGGGGAAAAUAACGUGCCUUGAGAUACACUUCGACGCAAUGAGGUACGUAAACGCGGAAAUGAGAGAGCUGUCCGAUGUCUUCCACACCCUUUUCCUUGCGGCAAGGAAUAUGGAGGCUGUUCACCUGGGAUUUCCAUCUCGUCUACCCCUCGAUUUAUCUCUAGAGGACAUAUUCCAUAAUGUUUACUGGCCACGACUCCGAGCCUUUGGAAUCCAAGCGUGGCGACUGGAUUCUGAUGAGAUUAUCAAUUUCGCCCGUCGUCACCGCAAGACACUACGCGGUCUCCGGCUUCGCGAUGUUUUGUUAAAAGAAGGUAGCAUGUGGAAAGACGUACUCUCCAUGUUGCAUGAUGAGAUGGAGCAACUCGAAUGGGUCAGUCUUCGACGAAUAGACUACUCGAACGCCUUCGACGAAAAAUGGGCCACAAGCGCAGAUAUCUCCGAUAUUCAAUCCUUCCCGAACUCAGAUAGUGAAGAGGAAGAUAUUUUCGACGGAUACGAUGGACAGAAUGGGCAUGUAGACGACAAUAUGAGCAUUGGGGAGGAGUCCGAUGGAAUGAGCGACCACAACGGCGAUGAUGGUCCGCGAGCAAAUCAAAUUGAGCUGGCUCCCGACACAACCAUUAAUGCGCCAGUCCUGCAGCUACCGCCGUUCACAAACCAAUGGGAACUCUUAUCUACCGUAUCGGCUGACGAACUUGAUGACAAUGGGCUGAAUGUGGAGUAUAGACAGCGAAAGAUCUGGGAGGCUUGGGUUAUUUCAAAAGCGAGGAACAAAUGACUGUGAUUUAUUCCUUGGGAGCGGGAAUAGUAGGUUUUUCUUUCCGGUACUAAAUGGUUAUAUAUCGUACUUUGCUCACAAUCAUGGCGGUCUUAUACCGGACGUGGGUUCCCCUGGGUUAUUUCGUGAUACCUAUCUCUUUUUUGGACCUUGGCCUGUAUGGGUGGAUUCCCCUGCUUUUCCAGAUUUAUGACGUGAUGAUAAAGGUUUGAUUUAUAAGUUUAGACUUAAGAUUAGUAUGAUGUUUCUCUGAUUUC